AUGUCGGAUUCAGAAGAUGAUGCUAAUGAAAAACAAGUUAAAAUUGUAAUUCUUGGUGAUGGUAGCUCAGGCAAAACAUCAAUUUCUGAAAGAUUUUCUAAGGAUGCAUUCAAUCGUGAUUAUAAUCAAACAUUAGGAAUUGAUUAUUAUUUAAAACGAAUUAAUUUAACACAUUCAUAUAAUGUUACAUUAGCUGUAAAUGAUGUUGGUGGUCAAACAUUAGGUGGUGCUAUGCUAGAUAAAUAUAUAUAUGGAGCAGAUAUUGUUUUACUUGUUUAUGAUAUAACAAAUUUACAAAGUUUUGAAAAUCUUGAAGAUUGGUAUUCUACAGUAAUGAAAUAUUGUGCUGGUCGAAAACCAUUAUUUGCACUUGUUGGGAAUAAAAGUGAUCUUGAACAUUUACGUGCUGUUAAAGCAGAAAAACAUCAUCAAUUUGCUAAAGAUCAUGAUAUGUUACCAUUUUUUGUUUCGGCUAAAACUGGUGAAUCAAUUGAAAAUUUAUUUCGUCAAGUAACAGCUAAUUUAAUGCAUGUUGUUCUACCAAAAACUGAUACGGAUGCAAGAGGUAUUAUAACAGCAACAAUUAUACGACAAGAACCACAAAAUUCAGCACCUAUUAAACCCAUAUCAAGUACUACACGUACAUCAAUUUGUAGUUUACAAUGA